AUGAAACGCCCCGAGGACACAUCAAACGGACACCCAGUCACGUCGGCCGGCCUUGUCGCCCAGGGCCAGACUCCUGCGAACUGGGUUCCAGUCAAGGAAGAAGUCGCUUUUACUCCCAGGAAGAUCAAAAUUAUCUGCGCAGGAGCCGGCUUCGGCGGCUUGACCCUCGCCCACAAAAUCAAACAUGGACUCAAACUAGAGGAUGUGGUGGAUUUUGUGAUCUAUGAGAAGAAUGCAGACGUGGGCGGAACCUGGUUUGAGAACCGAUACCCAGGCGUUGCUUGUGAUGUCCCAGCCCAUGCUUAUACUUUCUUAUUCGAACCAAACCCCAACUAUUCGCAUUUUUACGCCCCCGGCCCCGAGAUCGAAGAGUAUAUACAGAGGACAGCGCGCAAAUGGAAUCUGUAUGACAAUAUUGAGCUCAACUCCAAGGUGGUAGAGGCAGCAUGGGACGAAGCAGCUGGCAAAUGGAAGGUGAAGGUCGAGCAAAACGGUGUGAUCAAGGAGGAUGAAGCCGAAAUAUUUGUUAGCGCAUCCGGUCCAUUAAGCAAAUGGAAGUUGCCAAACAUCCCAGGAAUGAGUGAAUUUAACGGUAAACUGGUUCACACUGCGGCCUGGGACGAAUCAUACGAAUGGAAGAACAAGCGCGUAGCAGUCAUUGGAAACGGCUCCUCGGGUGUCCAGUGUGUCGCAGCGAUGCACUCACAGGUGGCCAAGAUGGUUAACUAUGUCCGCAACCCAACAUGGAUUGCGUCCAACUUCAGCGGCCAGUUGACAAGGGAUGGGAGAAAUUUUGCAUACACUGAAGAGGAAAAGAAGAGAUUCAGAGACGACCCGGUGGCCUUCUUCAAGAUGCGCAAAGAACUCGAAAACAGUGUUAAUGAGUUCGCCUAUGGUAUGCUGAAAGAUCACACUUUCAAUAAGCUGGCAACCCAGAUCGCCACAGAGCAGAUGCAAGAAAGACUGAAAAAUAGCCAUGACCCAUCGAUCGUUUCUAAAAUGAAGCCGGAUUUCAGCCCGGGUUGUCGCCGGCUAACGCCCUGUGAUGGGUAUCUGGAAUCCUUUGAGAACCCGAACACACACAUGUGCUGGGAAGCAAUUGACUGUAUCACAGAGAAGGGAAUAAAGACGGCUGAUGGAAAGGAAGAAGAGUUUGAUCUGAUCAUCUGCGCUACUGGUUUUGACACAUCCUUUGUUCCUCGAUGGAAAAUGUCAGGGAGGGACAACGCUACUCUGGACGAGCGGUGGGAGCACAACCCAGAGGCAUUCUUCUCUGUGCAAGUGAAUGGAAUGCCCAAUUACUUCAUUAUUGGUGGGCCAAACUUCACUGUUUCGAAUGGAUCACUUCUGGGUGGAAUCUCUUUCGUAUGCGACUACAUCAUGAGGUGGGCCCAGCACAUGGCCACGCAUGACAUCAAGUCAAUGGAAGUUAAGAAAGAGGCUGUCGAUGACUACAAUGUAUGGGCGCAGGAAUACUUUAAGCGGACAGCCUGGGCCGAUAAUUGCCGGAGCUGGUACAAGAACGGCAAGUCUUCGGGGCAGGUCACGGCGCCUUAUGCGGGGACAACCAGUCAUUUCAAGAAAUCUCUUGACAGUAUCGGCGCCGAGCAUUUUAACUUUCAGUACAACUCGGCGAAUCGCUUCCGUUGUCUUGGUAAUGGUCAAGUGGCAGGUGAGGAGAAUGGUAUGGGAGACCUCUCAUACUACUUCGUUGAAGGGCUUUGGUGA